CACAGAUCUGAGAUUGAAAGCUGGAGAAAUAGCCAAGAGAAAUCUGCACAUCCUUUCUUUAGGCAGAAAGCAGUAUUUCACUAUCAAUGCAGAAAAUGGAAAAAUGUUUGUGAAUGAAAAGAUUGAUAGAGAAGAAAUAUGUGUGGAAAGUAUAUCCUGCCCCAUCAGUUUUGAAGUGAUGGCUGAAAAUCCUAUGAAUAUUUUUCAUAUAACUGUAGAGAUACUGGAUAUUAAUGACAAUGCACCACAUUUUCUGAAUGGUGAUAUCAAGUUAGGGAUCAGUGAAUCCACUUUACCAGGAACCACUUUUAUAUUAGAGCAAGCUGAGGAUCCUGAUAAUGGGAUCAAUGCACUACAGAAUUACAGUCUCAAUACAAAUCAAUACUUUGUUCUGGAUGUGAGAGAGAAUGAGUCUGGGAAAAAAUACCCAAAAUUAGUAUUGAACAAACAAUUGGAUCAUGAAAGUGAGAGCAGUUUCCAUUUAAUACUUACAGCUCUGGAUGGAGGGAAGCCUCCCAAAACAGGGACAGCCAAAAUAUGGAUUACUGUCAUUGAUGCAAAUGACAACCCACCACUUUUCAGUCAAGAACUGUACAUGGUGAACCUGAGGGAGAACACACCAAUUGGGUCUUUAGUGGUACAGGUGAAAGCCACAGACAGAGAUGCAGGUUCAAAUGGUCAGAUCAGCUAUGGUUUUAGAAACAUCCCUGAACGUGCUCGCCAGAAAUUCAACUUGGACACAGAAAAUGGGAAAAUUACAGUUAAGGAAACUCUGGACUUUGAGGAAACAGAGAAAUAUGUCAUGACGGUAGAAGCAAGAGAUGGAGGUGAAUUGGCAGCUCAAUGUAAUGUUGCAAUAAAACUAUUAGAUGAGAAUGACAAUGGUCCAGAAGUGAUUCUCGCCUCCAUAACCAGUCCAAUAUCCGAAGAUUCAGCAGUAGGUACUCUGGUAGCCCUUAUCAACAUCAUUGAUAGAGAUUCUGGGGAUAAUGGGGAAAUCACAUGCCAUUUGGAAAACAAUUUGCCAUUCAAAGUUGUGUCAACAUCCAAUAACCUCUAUAAGCUUCUUACAGAUGGCCCUUUAGACAGGGAAAGAACUCCAGAGUACAAUAUCACAAUUAUAGCAACAGACAAAGGUACACCUCCUCUUUCAACAGAGAAGAUCAUCUCCUUGAAGAUUUCAGAUAUCAAUGACAACAUUCCUACCUUUGAGAAAGCCUCUUACACUGCCUUUGUACCAGAGAACAAUCCUUCAGGAACUUCCAUUUUCCAUGUACAAGCCUCAGAUCCAGAUCUGGCACGCAAUGCCCGAAUCACUUACUCCCUCCUCAGAAGCAACAUUCAGGAGCU